AGGAGGUAUGGGGAUAUAUGUAUACAUAGAGCUGAUUCACUUUGUUAUACAGCAGGAACUAACACACCAUUGUAAAGCAAUUAUACUCCAGUAAAGAUGUUAAAAUAUUUUUUUUAAUUAUAAAAGAAAAUUGUAACACUUUUUACUGGUGAGGCUAGUGAUUUCUGGCUUCUAUCCUCUUCAAGUUGACUACUGCCACUGAAUAUGAUGACACCUAUUUUCCUCCCACUGUGCACAUAUUAGAACUUUACAGUAGGGAUUAUACUUGAGUAGUCUCUAGGCUCUAUGGCUCAGUACAGAAUGGUAAGGUUUUAUGGUAAAUUGUCAGCAUAAGCAUGGCAUUCUACUAUAAUCAUUAAGUGAAUAAAUUAAAGUUUUAUUCGAUUGAAAAAAAGAUGGCAUUAUACGGGGCAUGCGCGUGUGUGUGUGUGUGUGUGUGUGUGUGUGUGUGCGUAGGAUAUGCUUUUACUUGCAUUAGCCAAGAAGUCAGAACCUGAACAUAUGACUGGAGAUUCAAAUAUCUGAGUAACAAUAUUACUUUCUGACAGAGAACUAUUUACUAGAAGAUUCUCAGUAGGAAUUGAAUUGCUUUUAUUAGUUUAUUUUAAAUGUGCAUUUCCCUUUUUUACCUCUGUUUCAAAAGGGAGUAUUUACGCUAUUUCGGGAUGUGUGAACAUCCUCCAUUUACAGAGCCAUGGAAGAUGUUUUCUGCCAGUUCCCCAGUUCAGCAGCUCUCAGUGAGUUCCAGUUAAGCCAGAAAAAAACUGCUGCUAUCCUGCUCAUCGUCUUUGGCAAGCAUUUCCUAACCCAUCCCCCUCCUGCACAGAGCAGCAGAUCCCCACACUGGUGUCGGCAGGGCCAUUUAGGAAUCUCCUCUGAUCCCAUCCCUCUGUUAUUCCUCUUCUCACUGCUUUGCUAUUCUAUACUCAGUUUCCAACUUAAUAGAAAUGCAGGUGGGCACGUGAGCGUCUAGGUUUACCAAAAUACACAUUUUUCAUGAGUGCUUCCCUCUUGGAGUGUGUGGACAAAGCCAGCAUAUGAUCUUCCCAUUAUCACUCUGUUUUAAUGUCUAACUGACAGAUGCCUGUCAGUAAAACAAGGCAAUAAUGGGCAGAAAAUAUCUCUGCUCUUAGAGAGCAAAAAAGAAAGACCCUGGAUUCCUGUCGUCUCAGAGACACUUGUCAGCCGUUGUUAAGGAAGACUUAUAAAUGCUUCUGUGGCGAAUACCUCUGAAUGGCCUGAAUGUUUUCACCCUUAUUAGUAAGAAGGUGAAAAGGGAGCUGUUUCUCAUACAUGUGCAAGUUUCAUCCACAUGCAGUUUCUUCCCCUAGUGGAAGCUUGCCCAUCGUGUUAAUGUGCCACCAUUGCAGCCUGGAGCUGGGUGUGGCCAUGCCAGAUGGCACCUGCAGGCUUCAUUGGACAGGAAUGGUUUCCUGAUGGGUCACAGACGAAGCCCAAAAAUCUAGUACAGACUUGAUGACCUUAGCUAGUCAGUCUGAAGUGGUGUAGUUCUGCCGACUGGCUUCUACACUGGUGGCACCUUCAGAUAUAUUCAGUGAAUGAUAAGACAGUGGAAGUCACUUGCUCACAGGAGCAAGUGACACCAAGUCAACUGUGCCGCAGUAAGCCGAAGAGGGUAGAUUUUAAGAUUGUUCUUGUUUUCCUAAGGGAUCAGUAAAUGCAGAAGACCUCUGUCUUCAGGGAGUGUUCAGCCUAGGGAAAGACUCUAUCAACCCUAAAGACAAGAGUCGUAUACCAAAGUAGGCAAGGGAAACAGUGCCUGGCCUUCCAGUGAGAAGAGAGAUACACAGUGGCAGGGACUUGGGCUCAGACAUAUUUUGUGUCCUUUUUCAUUACAAAUCCAGUUCUCUAUACUCAAGCAGAAGGGUUAGUUAUUGCGUGGUGAUUUGAUUUUUUUUUUAAUUUCAAUAAAGACAGAUGGACCUUUAAGAAUAACAUAGAAAGCAACAAAAACAACUCAGUUACUAUAGGAUGUACCUAAAGCAACAAUUCCUUACUCUGAAAAUUGGCAGUCAAAGGAAAGAAUUAAGCAGUUAUUAUGGCUUCUCUGUGCAAAUUGUAUUUCAGAAUGACCAGAUUGCAAGUGUUGAUGAAGGAAAAUUCUUUUUCACGUGAGAACUCUAGCCACUAAAUGUGGAAGGGAAGUUAGAAUUGGAAAAGCAUAAUUCUGUAGCCCCCAAAUGAAAUCAUUGAUUCAAGUACCUGUCAUAAAUGGGAUGCAAUCAUUAGCCCAUUAGGUAUGUUAUGGGGAACUCCACAAUGGAGGAAUCAGGCUGCCCUCACCUGAACCCUCUAAAAAUGGUUCAUUGUUAUCUUAGGAGCCUGCCCGCUCUGAUGCAAUACGUAAGUACACAACAUGAGCUAUUGUUGCAGAAGAGUUGAACUUGAACUUAAACCAAUCAGUAAGGUUCCAGAAAAUACAGGGGAUAGAAGAACAAGUUAAAUGAUACUACAAGAAAAAUUAAGAACGUAGCUAUUGGGAUGGGGCUUAAGAGGAGCCCUGUGCCAGUUUCUUUAGCAAGACAUUGGCAAGGGGGAAAAAGGGAGGUGGCUGUGUGCAAGUGAGAGGGACUUAGAUGUAUCCAAAUGUUACACCUUGUCUGGAUCAUUUAAACAAAGCAACCAUAAAAGAUUUUUCAAGACAGUUGGAGAAAUUUGAAUACAGUUUGGGUAACAGAUGAUACCAAGGAAUUAUUAAGUUUGUUAGGUAUGAUAAUGGUUUUGUGGUUCUAUAAGAAAAGUUCAUAUUUUUAGAAAUUCAUACUUAAGUAUGUAGGGGUAAAAUGACAAUUUCUGAGACUUGCAUAAAAAUCUUAAUAGGGUGGAAGGAAGGAAGCAAGGGUGAACAAGUGUAGCAAAAUCUUGCUAGAUUGGGAUGAUGAAGAAUAUGUGGGGUUACUGUAGUUUUCUCCCUAUUUGUUUGAAAUUUUUCUUGAUAAAAAUAUUUUUUAAAAAGAGUAACAGCUCUCUCAGAAGGUGGUGGGGAAUCCACUGGAGACGUGAUUAGAAAAAGGUCAUUACCUGAUGAUCAAAAAUUUUAUGUUUUUUUCUUUUUUUUGAAGAUAUCCUUUAUUUUAAAAAAAAAAGAAAACUAGUUUUCUAAGAUUUUGGGGGUAGUCACUGGAAACCAAUUUCAUUGCUUCAUGUCAAGCAAUUGGAGGAGAAUUUGGGAGACAAAUAGUCUCCAAUGUGAAAGUGAAUGCUGAUCUUAGCUGGAAUAACUUGCUUUCUUCAGUGUCUGCAGUGGCUGGUCUCCAGGGACUUAUCUGGCUACAUGUGUUUUUCACAUUUAUUAGUGAAAUUGGAGAGUCAAGAGUAAAACACAGUCCUCGGGAACAUUGUGUUCAUUUGUGACACACUAGAGAUUUUUUAGCCCAUAAAGCAAAUGAACGAGCUCCAUAGGGGUAUAACUGCUAUUUUCACCCUCAAAGGCAGUAAAGACCCACUGUAUUUAUUAAGUAAUUAGAGAAUAGAAAAUGAACAGUGCUAUGAAAAUAGAAAAAUAGACUCUCACUAUUGCUAUUAAGAGUGUAAUUUUUUUGUCUGUUCUGAAGGAAAACUACCAUCAGAUGAAAAUUUUAAAGUCAAGGUAGACCUCUGCUUUAAUAUUUGGUUGUUUGGUCUUGGAUAAUAAGUUAAUUCAGUGUCCAUGUAAGGUUGUUUUUGUUUCUGUCAAACAAGAGGGGUCCCAUUAAGGAACCUCACUCAUUGUUUUUGCAAGGACAAAUACACAAAGAAAUGAACAGACCAGAUAUUUGAUUUAGGACCUUCCUCCUGAGUGAUUGAGUGGCUUAAGGGAAGACAGCCCUCCACUAACUGAUGCCCUGGAGCAUUUCUAGCAGACUUUAAACACUCGGCUCCGGUGGAGGCUUGGGGAGAGAGUGGGCUGGUUCUCACACUAAAAAAUGUCCAGAUGAAGCUGACACUCCAAUGGGUGUGGGCUGUGUAAGAUGCGGGGCCAAUGCAACCAUCAAUGUCAAGAUGCAGGGCAAGAUGGGACAGACGGCCAGAGGAGCAAGUGCGGGAGGGGGCAUGUGCUCUACUUAGAAAACAGAAUGCCUGAGAGGCCCCUUUGAAGGGGUUUGGAAGCGCUUUGCAUUGAGGUAAAUAAGAAGUAUCAAUACGAAUGAGGCCCUUUUUGCCACCGAUUUCACGGUCCACAAGAAUCCAGAGUAUACAGCUGUCAAGAAGUUAAGUGAUAAAGUGAUCUCAGAUCACUUGGUCCUUGGCUGACUGUUAGUUUUUUCUUGUGCUUGUUUAUAUCUUGAUGGUUUAAAAGACUGGACACAUUCUAGGGAACCCAUAAAAAGAAACUGUGGUUUUUGUGUGUAUGUGUGAGUGUGUGUGUAGUGGAGGGAAAGGGGAGCAGUGUCCAAGAGCUGAGAAGAGUAAUUCCAGGGAGCAUUUCUGUGUUUUUUACCUAUGUUAUACAAGACUGUCAAAACAGAACUGUCAGCAGUUCUGCCCCCAAAAGACAUUCGCUUGGGAAGAUGGUAGGGUAGUAAGGAUGACUACAGAGGGGUGGGCUAGGCAAGGGGAUUAGAGGUAGGGUCUGGAAGGGACCUCUCUUCCCCACCCUGGUCCUCAGCUGAUAUGAGCUCACCCUGCUGCACUGCAAUCUUAAGCACUGCCGGUUACCAAGUGACCACCACAGGCCAGGCACAGACCUACCCCAGGUCCAGCGUGUCAGGGAGGAAACUGAGGCUUAGUGCCAAGUAAAUUUUGAGUAGCAGUUCAAAGCCAGGACUCCUUGAUCCAAAACUAGGGCUCUGUCCCCUCCCCCACAAAGGCUCCCAGAGGUUCCCCUGAAUCCAAAGCCAAGUAUGUACAAAGGCAACACAGAAACACCCGGAGACUCUGACCACAUGGGAAAGAACAAGUGGCGUUUGGGGGACUUUCAGUAAUAUGAAGCAUAUGAUAGGGAGCCCACCCAUAAUGCCAAAGACAGAGCUAAAAAGCAAAACCCGAAGAGUUUUUGUCUUCGCUCUGCACUUGCCUUUCUAUUCCUUGGCGAGCUGAGUAACUUCGGAUAUCCUCGUGUGUAAAUGGAGGUCCACCAGCCAAACGUCUCCUGGGGCUCCAGCAAACACUGCAGGGAGACCUGGGCCUCGGAGCCUGGCAGAAUGCAGAGCUUGGACCCUACCCCGUGAGAGAACAAGACUACAACCUCCCCACGGUCUUGGUGAAAUGCAGCUGGGGAAAGCCCCAAGGAACCCUGGGGCUUAAAAUAAGCCACAGCUGGCUUUAUUCCAGGCUCUGGGAGGCUGGGGUCAAGAUGGAGCACACCUGUGUAGCUAGUACGGUGUUGUUUGUAUGGAGGAGGGUGAGAUACGACUUGGAAUGAACCCCAAAUCAACUUCCUUUAAUGGCGGGCAUUCACUUGGAGGCUGGUGGAAGAUGUGUAUGAACCUAUCCACAAAUCCAGAACUUGUAGUCCUUAGAGCGUAUUCAGCCCUCAUUUGUAGCCAAAAUAUUUUCCUUCCAUAUCAUCAGAUAUCCUGGUCAAUGGUACCCUCCAUACCUUCCUUACGCUGAACAGGUAGCCGUUUGGCGCUGGGCACACUGAAUAUCAUUUGAAGCAUACACUUUUCUCAUCUCUGAGUAACGUCCUGUGAACAUCUCAUUCUGCUUUGCCUGCUCCCCUCUAUUUUUUAAACUUGACAUUUAAACUUUUCUGAUGUGCCCUGAUUGUUCCCGAGCCCCUGGAACUCAACCAGGCAGCUCUGUUUCCCUGUAGCUCCCCUAGCUCAGCAGGGCUCCUUGUGCAGGACCAGUUGUUAUUUACAAGUGUGAUUCAGCUGUCGCUGUGCCUCUGAACACACAGGGUUGUUGUAGGAUUUUAAUUGCCAUUUUCCUCUAUAUAAUUAAAAUGAAGUGAAAAAAAUGGGAUAGCCUCCAAAAUCUGAAUUAAUUUCGUGAGUACUUCUUGAGGGGAAAAAAUAUGUAUAAAUAUGAUAAUCGUUACUUGCUUUGCCUUCAGCAGAACUAGAGGAUUUUACCUGGCUGAAAAAAAUAUAUAGUAAUUUUAAAUGGAAGAAAAAUUAGCCUGAUACUCCUUGUGGCUGAGAAUCAGAAUUAAUAACGUGGAUGGGAAAUGAUAAAUAACUCUGGAUAUCAAUUUCAAAAAGAACAUUGGGAACAAGCUGUAACUCUCUCUGGAUCCAACUUGCCUUAUGCUGGUCUGGGUUUUUUUCUUUCCAUGGUUCAUCGUUGGUGUUUACCCGUUUCUCAAUAAAAUGCCAUAACCCCCAAAUCAAAAAUUCCUUCAUGCUCGGAAACAGGCAUUUCACCUGCUUGCUCUGCUCUGUAAGCGUGACAAUGAGCACGUAGCAGGGAAGAAUGAAACGACAAAAAGAGAAGUCGUGUUUUUGUUUGUUUGUUUUUUUAAUUCACUGGGCUCCCAGUGUUUCACUCUGCAGACUCAUCAAGCACCUGAUGGACAUGUUUAUAAAGACUUGGAUGGUCACUUUAUUUGGAAUGACAAACUCUCUGCUCUACAUAAUGAGAUGGAAAUCCUGUAUGAAUGUGGAAGCCAUUAGCAGAGUAAUUGCUGUCCAUUACCAUGACAACCAGCCGCUGCAGUCACCUGCCCGAAGUGCUGCCAGACUGCACCAGUUCAGCUGCACCCGUGGUGAAGACCGUGGAGGACUGUGGCAGCCUAGUGAAUGGGCAGCCGCAGUAUGUCAUGCAAGUUUCAGCCAAGGACGGGCAGCUGCUUUCAACAGUAGUGCGGACCCUUGCCACCCAGAGCCCCUUCAAUGACCGGCCGAUGUGCAGGAUCUGCCACGAGGGCAGCAGCCAAGAGGACUUGCUCUCUCCAUGUGAAUGUACAGGGACCCUGGGGACAAUUCAUCGGAGCUGCCUGGAGCACUGGCUGUCAUCCUCAAACACCAGCUACUGUGAACUCUGCCACUUCAGGUUUGCAGUCGAGCGCAAACCCAGGCCGUUAGUGGAGUGGCUCAGAAAUCCAGGCCCCCAGCACGAGAAGCGGACUCUGUUUGGAGACAUGGUGUGCUUCUUGUUCAUCACUCCUCUGGCCACCAUCUCGGGCUGGCUCUGCCUACGGGGCGCCGUGGACCACCUGCACUUUAGCAGUCGGCUCGAAGCCGUCGGACUAAUUGCACUCACUGUCGCACUCUUCACUAUUUACCUCUUUUGGACACUAGGGGAAGGUCCCACAGAACACUGUCCCGGCAAGGCUCACUGUGGGGCGGGUCUAGACACACCCCGAGGGUGUCCAGCACGACCUGGUGUGGCUGAUUCACGCCCGCGCCGCCCUCUUCUCUUCCACAGUGCCAUCACAGUUUACAAACGAGGACACCGGGACUUGGAGGCAGCAAACAACCCUCCCAAAGUCGUGGCGACAUCAGUAGAGGAUGGGGCUUCGGCCUGGUGCGCCCGCCCGCCCGGAGCCCUCGGGCUGCUCCCUCCUGCGCACAGCUGCAGCUGCUUCUGCUGCUUACUGAAGACGCCAAGCAUGCGCUGCUCUUAAAAUCCCGGACGAAGGGACCCUUGAUUUCCAAUCCAGCUUUCCUGUCAUAUUUCCAGAUUCCAGACUUCUUGUACUGCCUCAGCUCUUCAUUAGUACUAGUCUGUUUCCUACACCUUCCCGGCCCUUGGCCCUGAACAGCAUGCUUUCCAGCCUGCCUCUUACAUUCAUGAGUAGCACCAAGCAGCAGCAGGACACAACAGAACAGAUAAAAGAGAAUCAAACUUAAAAAAAACAACCUCUGAUCCACUUUGGCAUGUUCAGAGCCUCUUGGAGAAAAGCAAAUCUGUGUGAGUUUAAAAGCUUUUAUUUUCAUACUCAAAUCUCUCUGGCGUUCAGCCUGUGGCAUCUGCUUUCUAACCUCAGAAAUCUGAGUGGCCUUGGAUUUCAUGAUCCUGCCAUGAAGACAAACAAGCCCUUGCUGAUCAAGGGCCUGCAUUCUCCUCUACUUCCAGAAACACCGAGCCCAAACCACAGGGUCAGCCCACUCUUUGACCGACGUAGGCCCUGUACCAGGGUCAACAUGACCCACACAACCCAGGUGGUUAAACAGCCCAUACCUGGAUAAUUUGUCACUCUCAGGUCAUGGGCACCUUCCUCUCCAGCACUUACCUAGUUAUCUGGAUAUACUCAAACUAGAACCUACUUCCACCUUUAAAGGCGGUUUGUACAUCUUCAGAAGAACAGAUUAUUUGAAUUUCCUGGGCGGUUCAUCAGUGCUUUGUGCCAGCCUUCUCCAAAGCAAACCACAGAUAUAAGCAUCUCAUUCCAGUCUAUUUACACAAGAAGCAAGCACUUUGGGGGCAAGUUAUGUCACAGUUGAUGAUGCGUUUACUGCUCGUGCUGUCCUGUAUCAUGUAAGACAGGCCUAAAUCUAAAGCAGUGUUGCAAUUAGAAGGUACAGGAUAGUCACUCAUCCAUUCACUCAGUGAACUUAACUAAGCAGCUUCCCAAGCGCCAGACACUGUGAUAGGUACACAGCAUGCAAAGGUGAAUACAACACAAGACCUGCCCUCAACAUGCUUCUAGUGCAGGGUGAGAGAGAAACAAGUGGCGUGGUGUACAGGGCACUGAUGCCACGCUGAGGUGGGCACAGGCACUGGCUCAGGAAGAACGCAUCAGCGGAGUUGGUGCCCAGGCCAAAGCUUCCCCACUGGACUCCAUGGAAGGACUGAGCUGGAGGCAAUGGGGAUCACCCACAGGGACCACCAAGUACAGUUGUUCAGUUUGUCCACAGCACAGUACGAAGGGUGCCCUUCCUAUCACACUGUGAAUGGGGUCCUUCGAGUUGUGCAGUGUCCGACCUACAGAAGGGUGCGUGAAGCCCCAGCAUCCCUCUCAUUUAACAGAGAGAAACUUGAUGACCAGAAAGGCACAUUGCCUAGUCCCACAGCUGGGCAAGGGCUGGCGCCGUACCUACUCUGCCCAUUGCCCCCAGCCAACUUUCUUCCCCACUGAUACUUUGGGGCCCAGACCACUAUCCUGAAAAUAAAUCCAAACUCAGGAGGAACCUCAUUUGCUAUUAAUACUCCGAUUUUACCCAGUUUGAAGAGGCACGAGGGAGACCUGCCCCUUGUUCAUACGUGGGUGCUCUGUGGCUGGGGCCAGUCUCCCAGCGCUCAGCUGCCUGCUAUAGCAGUUUCCCCCCAGCUCUUGCCCCGCUGUACUGCUGUUUGGAGCUGUUUUAAAUGGCGUGUAUGUUGUUUGGAUUGAUAAUCAGCUUCCGCUUACCUGAAACCUUCCCUUAUUUUUCCUCUCCUGACCCCAGGUGUCAUUUAGGUACCACUGUCGACUGUACAAUGAAUGGCGUCGGACCAAUCAGAGGGUGAUUCUCCUCAUUCCAAAGUCUGUCAACGUCCCUUCUAACCAGAAGUCCUUGCUGGGCCUCCACUCUGUCAAGAGGAACUCAAAG